AUGUCCGUCGCAAAUGCAGGAAUCAUAGCUGCAGCCACCGCACCGGAGGCAGAAGACCCAAAGAAGGAUCUUGGAUUCGACAGGCCCGGCGACCUUGAGGAAGAGCGACCCGUCGCCCCAGAUCAAUUCGAUCCGAAAUAUCAGACUUCCAAAUGGGAGAUAUGGGCCUAUUACUGCUACUAUAUUGGAAACAAUGGGCUGACCCUCUUCAACUUUGCGCCGACGUCAUUUCAAGACCUGCUGUAUGAGGCCGCUGGUGACAGCGAGAGACUGCAAUUUCUGGGUGCCUAUCGCACCAUCAACAGCAUCGUCCUACUUACCAACGGCAUAUCCUUCGCAAUUCAAGUAGUCUUGUUUCUGUUGAUUGGUAGCUUGGCCGACUACGGAAAAUGGCGGCCAUAUGUGCUCGUGUUCUGGUCGGUCGUCGCCUUUGCGCUAGGUUUUGGCUGGCUCGGAAUACACACGCAAGACAAAUGGCCGGCUGCAACGGGUAUUUACGCGGUUGGCCUGAUAUCUUACCAGAUGUGUAUCACCUUUUGGACAGCUGCUUUUCCUGGGUUGGCAAGGAAUACGCCUCAAAUGAGGGAGAAGGCAGUGCAAUAUGAGAACAGAGAGAUCACCAGAGACGAGUAUGACUUUGCGGACAUGAUGGAGCGCAAUCGCAUCUACAAUGUCGCAUUUAUCAUGCAGAGCGCUGGGGAAAUCGUGAUUCUUGCUGUGCUAGUUGGAAUCCUAUUCGCUUUGGACGUGAACGCCAGCGCCGCGAACAAUCUCUGGGGCCUCUCAGUUCUCAUCGCAUAUGCAACUGGCGUUUGGAUCGUGCUGGCGGUCCCCUGGUUCAUCCUGGAGAAGAGACGACCGGGCCAAAAACUCCCCGCUGGAACCAACAUCAUCAGUGUUGGGUUUUGGAAUAUUUGGCGUGCCUUGUGCCAAAUCUGGGAGCUGAAGCAGAGCCUGCUGUAUCUCAUUGGAUAUUUCUUGCUGGGUGAUUCGCUGAACACGACGGUCACGGUGAUCGCCACCCUGCAAAACUCGGUCGUCUCGUACAACACGUUGACACUCACCUACCUGCUCAUAGUGGGAAUUGCAGCCCAGGGGGCGGGCAUUCUCAUCUACUGGCUUAUUCAAAGGCGCUACGGACUCAGCACCAAAUCAAUGUUUGAUGCCGUCAUGAUUGGAAUCCUACUCCUUGACGGUUGGGGGAUGGUUGGUAUCUGGCAGCAAUCAUUCGGCUUCCAUCAUGAAUGGGAAUUCUGGGUAUACCAAGCCUUCUACGGCUUGUUCGUAUGUCAGUGGUAUGCAUACUCUCAGACGAUGAUUAGCGAGGUAACUCCCCGCGGUAAAGAGUUUUUGUUCUUCAGUCUCUACUCCAUCAUGGGAAAGACGAGCGCAUUCAUUGGGCCGAUUGUGAGCAGCGCCAUUAUCGAUGCAGACCCGAAGGGGAACAACAGCCUGCCUUUCUAUUUCCUGUUUGGGCUCACCGGGUUGAGUUUCCUGCUGUUGUUCUUUUUCGUCGACUUGAAAAAGAGCAGGAGGGAGCAGGAACGGUUUUUGCAAAGAGAAGAGGCCGCGAAGCAACGCCGCGCAAGUAUUAUCAGCCAAGGAACACCACUGGAUGACGAGGGGAGCUUCGACGGCGACAGCAAGGCUCAGAAGAGCGACGAGAUUAAGUCAUGA